GUCUUCGGCCAUUUCAAGCUCCAACGCGAAUAGCAGUUCUUCCAAUUCCAAUACCAAUUCCAACUCGAACAGCAACAACAAUAUUAACAGCAGCAGCAGCACCACCACAAAAAGUAGUACUUGUGCAGCUAACGUUUCAUCAUCUUCGUCGGCGGAACAAGGAGCAAGAGCAACCAAAGAAAAGGAUUCUUCAACAACCUUAACAGUCACAAGUCAGUCAGGAACAACAGCACAAGCACCAGCUAUGGCAAACAGUGGAAACAGUUCUGGAGGAGCAGGCGACAUCGAUGAGGCGCUCUACUCGCGCCAAUUGUACGUCCUCGGGCACGAUGCAAUGCGUCGAAUGGCCAAUUCUGAUAUUCUUGUCUCUGGAUUGGGUGGCCUCGGCCUGGAAAUUGCCAAGAACGUCAUUCUCGGUGGCGUGAAAUCGAUCACUUUGCAUGAUAAGCUUCCCUGCACGAUUCGUGAUUUGUCUUCUCAGUUCUAUCUGAGUGAGAAUGAUGUUGGCAAGAACCGUGCCGAAGCCUCUUGCGGCCAGUUAGCUGAGUUAAAUAAUUAUGUGCGCACCACUGCUUAUACAGGUGAUUUAACUGAUGAUUUCCUAAAGCAGUUCCGUGUCGUUGUUCUAACCAACUCGAACGCUGAAGAGCAACAGAGAAUCGGAAAAUUUGCCCAUGAUAAUAAAAUUGCUUUGAUUAUCGCGGAGAGCCGCGGUCUCUUCACUAAGGUGUUCUGCGAUUUCGGCGAGAAAUUUACCAUCUUCGAUCAGGAUGGCCAACAACCACUUUCGACUAUGGUCGCUGGAAUCACCAAAGACGGCCAAGGUGUUGUAACGUGUCUUGAUGAGACGCGUCACGGACUUAAUGACGGUGAUUACGUGACCUUCUCUGAAGUUCAGGGUAUGACCGAGUUGAAUGGUUGUCAGCCUUUGAAAAUUAAUGUUCUUGGGCCGUACACCUUCAGUAUUGGUGACACCAGUGGCUAUAGCGAGUACAUCCGAGGUGGUAUUGUGACACAAGUCAAAAUGCCAAGAACAAUUGACUUCAAACCUUUGGCCGAAGCAGAAAAGAACCCCGAGUUUCUGAUUUCGGACUUCGCUAAGUUCGAUCAUCCUUCUACUUUGCACACGGCAUUUGCAGCAUUGCAAAAAUUCAUCGAGGAAACUGGUAAUUGCCCACGUCCUUGGAACAAUGAGGAUGCUCAGAAAUUCCUCCAACUGUGCAAGUCGGUGAAUCCUGACAUCAAUGAGAAAUUGGUGCUUAUCUUUUCGAAGACGUGCGCUGGUAAUUGUUGUCCCAUCGAUGCAGCACUUGGUGGCAUCGUAGCCCAGGAGGUGCUCAAGGCAUGCAGCGGAAAAUUUACUCCAAUUUUCCAAUUCUUGUACUUUGAUGCUAUUGAAUGUUUACCCGAUGAAGAUCCUUCUGAGGCCGAUGUCCAACCAAUCGGAUCGCGUUAUGAUGCACAGAUUGCGAUUUUCGGAAAGAGCUUCCAGGACAAACUAGGAGACAUUAAAUACUUUAUCGUCGGCGCUGGUGCCAUUGGUUGUGAGUUGCUGAAGAACUUUGCCAUGGUUGGUGUGGGUUCGGGUAAAGGUGAAAUUGUUAUCACUGACAUGGAUCUCAUUGAAAAGUCGAAUUUAAACAGACAAUUUCUGUUCCGUCCCAAGGACGUGCAGAAAUCUAAAGCCUUGACCGCUGCCACUGCAAUUAAACGUAUGAACAAUGAAGUCAAAGUGACCGCUUAUGAGUUGCGUGUAGGUGUUGAAACGGAAAAGGUAUUUUCGGAGGAGUUCUUCGGCAAGUUAGAUGGUGUGGCCAAUGCCCUGGAUAAUGUUGAUGCUCGCAUUUACAUGGACCGUAAAUGUGUGUUCAAUCGCAUACCAUUGAUUGAUUCUGGAACAUUGGGCACAAUGGGUAAUGUGCAAGUGAUUGUGCCAUUUCAAACGGAAUCCUAUAGCUCGUCUCAGGAUCCCCCAGAGAAGAGCAUACCCAUUUGUACAUUAAAGAACUUCCCUAAUGCCAUCGAACAUACUUUGCAAUGGGCUCGUGAUACAUUCGAAGGAGUUUUCCGUCAGGCAGCCGAGAACGCUUCACAAUACAUCUCGGAUCCUGGUUUUAUUGAGAGAAUUCUUAAAUUACCAGGCAUUCAGCCAUUGGAAACCUUGGAAUCAGUAAAAAUUCGUGAUUUGUCUUCUCAGUUCUAUCUGAGUGAGAAUGAUGUUGGCAAGAACCGUGCCGAAGCCUCUUGCGGCCAGUUAGCUGAGUUAAAUAAUUAUGUGCGCACCACUGCUUAUACAGGUGAUUUAACUGAUGAUUUCCUAAAGCAGUUCCGUGUCGUUGUUCUAACCAACUCGAGCGCUGAAGAGCAACAGAGAAUCGGAAAAUUUGCCCACGAUAAUAAAAUUGCUUUGAUUAUUGCGGAGAGCCGCGGUCUCUUCACUAAGGUGUUCUGCGAUUUCGGCGAGAAAUUUACCAUCUUCGAUCAGGAUGGCCAACAACCACUUUCGACUAUGGUCGCUGGAAUCACCAAAGACGGCCAAGGUGUUGUAACGUGUCUUGAUGAGACGCGUCACGGACUUAAUGACGGUGAUUACGUGACCUUUUCUGAAGUUCAGGGUAUGACCGAGUUGAAUGGUUGUCAGCCUUUGAAAAUUAAUGUUCUUGGGCCGUACACCUUCAGUAUUGGUGACACCAGUGGCUAUAGCGAGUACAUCCGAGGUGGUAUUGUGACACAAGUCAAAAUGCCAAGAACAAUUGACUUCAAACCUUUGGCAGAAGCAGAAAAGAACCCCGAGUUCCUGAUUUCGGACUUCGCUAAGUUCGAUCAUCCUUCUACUUUGCACACGGCAUUUGCGGCAUUGCAAAAAUUCAUCGAGGAAACUGGUAAUUGCCCACGUCCUUGGAACAAUGAGGAUGCUCAGAAAUUCCUCCAACUGUGCAAGUCGGUGAAUCCUGACAUCAAUGAGAAAUUGGUGCUUAUCUUUUCGAAGACGUGCGCUGGUAAUUGUUGUCCCAUCGAUGCAGCACUUGGUGGCAUCGUAGCCCAGGAGGUGCUCAAGGCAUGCAGCGGAAAAUUUACUCCAAUUUUCCAAUUCUUGUACUUUGAUGCUAUUGAAUGUUUACCCGAUGAAGAUCCUUCUGAGGCCGAUGUCCAACCAAUCGGAUCGCGUUAUGAUGCACAGAUUGCGAUUUUCGGAAAGAGCUUCCAGGACAAACUAGGAGACAUUAAAUACUUUAUCGUCGGCGCUGGUGCCAUUGGUUGUGAGUUGCUGAAGAACUUUGCCAUGGUUGGUGUGGGUUCGGGUAAAGGUGAAAUUGUUAUCACCGACAUGGAUCUCAUUGAAAAGUCGAAUUUAAACAGACAAUUUCUGUUCCGUCCCAAGGACGUGCAGAAAUCUAAAGCCUUGACCGCUGCCACUGCAAUUAAACGUAUGAACAAUGAAGUCAAAGUGACCGCUUAUGAGUUGCGUGUAGGUGUUGAAACGGAAAAGGUAUUUUCGGAGGAGUUCUUCGGCAAGUUAGAUGGCGUGGCCAAUGCCCUGGAUAAUGUUGAUGCUCGCAUUUACAUGGACCGUAAAUGUGUGUUCAAUCGCAUACCAUUGAUUGAUUCUGGAACAUUGGGCACAAUGGGUAAUGUGCAAGUGAUUGUGCCAUUUCAAACGGAAUCCUAUAGCUCGUCUCAGGAUCCCCCAGAGAAGAGCAUACCCAUUUGUACAUUAAAGAACUUCCCUAAUGCCAUCGAACAUACUUUGCAAUGGGCUCGUGAUACAUUCGAAGGAGUUUUCCGUCAGGCAGCCGAGAACGCUUCACAAUACAUUUCGGAUCCUGGUUUUAUUGAGAGAAUUCUUAAAUUACCAGGCAUUCAGCCAUUGGAAACCUUGGAAUCAGUAAAAGUUGCUCUUAUCGAUGACAAACCAAAAGAUUUUGCUGAUUGUGUAAAAUGGGCUCGUUUGCACUGGCAGGAACAGUACUCAAACCAGAUCAAGCAACUUCUGUUUAAUUUCCCUCCCGAUCAAGUCACUUCAAGCGGCCAACCCUUCUGGUCCGGUCCUAAACGUUGUCCAGAGCCACUUACAUUCGAUGUCAAUGAACCAUUGCAUUUAGAUUAUAUUUAUGCAGGAGCAAAUCUCAGAGCUGAAGUAUACGGAAUUCCCCAAGUUCGUGAUAGACAAGCAAUAGCAGAAAUUGUUUCUCAAGUCCAUGUCCCUGAAUUCAAACCACGGUCCGGGGUUAAAAUUGAAGUCAAUGAGAAUGCAGCUGCAAACAAUCAGUUCGAUAAUGAUGAAGUUGAUCAGGAUCGUGUGAACAAGAUUCUCACCGAGCUUACAUCUUUGGGUAAAUUGAACUUUAAGAUUACACCUCUUGAAUUUGAAAAGGACGACGACAACAACUUGCACAUGGACUUCAUUGUGGCAUCGUCGAAUCUACGUGCCGCAAACUACAAUAUACCCCCAGCUGAUAGGCACAAGUCCAAGCUGAUUGCUGGAAAAAUUAUUCCAGCUAUUGCCACUACAACAUCUGUGGUUUCUGGAUUUGUUGUUUUGGAAGUUAUCAAGCUUUUGCAUGGCCAAAAGCCACUAUCCAAGUUCAAGAACGGUUUUAUCAACCUCGCUUUGCCCUUCGUUGGCUUUUCUGAGCCUCUGCCAGCCGAAAAGAACACCUACUACGGCGUAGAGUGGAACUUGUGGGACCGAUUCGAGGUCAAGGGUGAGAUGACUCUGCAAGAGUUUUUGGACUAUUUCGAACAUAAGGAAAAACUAAAAAUAACCAUGCUCUCACAAGGAGUUUCAAUGUUGUAUUCGUUCUUCAUGCCAAAGGCUAAAUGCGCUGAGCGCAUGCCUUUGCCAAUGACCGAAGUGGUUCGUCGAGUGUCGAAAAAACGCAUCGAGUCGCACGAGCGAUCGCUUGUCUUUGAAAUCUGUUGCAAUGAUGAGGAUGGUAAUGAUGUAGAAGUACCCUAUGUGCGAUAUACUCUACCCUAAAGCAGCAAAAUCAUAGUCUGUUAUGAAUUCAUAAUAAUAUUAUUUUCUGUCGCGUAUUUUAAGUUUUUCAUAAUAUAACUCUUUUAAAAGGGAAAAAAUAUAAAACACACAAAAUAAACAGUAUCACGGAAACUCAAAAAAAAAAAACAAGCAUCAAAAAAGAGCAAGAUGAGUUUACAAAAAUACGUAACAUAUUCGAUUGAAUAUUUUAAUUUUUUUAAUUAUUAUUAUUACAUCUCGUUCGAUUUCGAUUUAACAUAAAAACAAAUUAAAGUUACAUUAAAAAUUGUUCAACUUAACUAUGGCUGAUGUGAAUUCAAUAAAAUUUAAAUAUAUAUUUAUAAA